UGUUGUUGUUUUAGUGAUUUUUGCUGUGUUUUGUUUGAUGGGUUUUAUUAGAUUAGUCUAUGUGAAUUAAUAACAAGGAUGAUAUGGAGCUUAAGGACAGCAGUGUUUCUGAAACGAGCUCCAAGUCGCCGGAGAUCCGUGCUUUUUUCGCCUUAGUCGACAGAGCACAUAGUUUACAAUUGCUUAACGAGAAGAAUCAAGGAUCAGAGAAACCACUAAAGAACAAUUUCAGUGUAUGGCAGCCUUCAUUUGAGCCGGAAGACUUCAAUUUACCUCCAAAGAGAGGUUCCACUUCCACUUCCACUUCCACUUCCACUGUGGAUCAUCCCAUAAGUGGACUUGGUGAUGAAGGAAAACAUGAGGAGAAUAGAUUGAAGAGAGGUUUGAAGAGGCCAAGACCGUUUCUUGAUUUGGCUCCACUUUUUGUUUCUGAGGAAGGAUUGAAGAAAGGAGAUACAGGGAAGGUUUUUUUAUGUGAUCUUAACAAAGAAGCUGAAUCAUCUGAGGGUGUUAAUGGGGGAUCUAGUUGAAUCUUGAACUUGGAAUUAGGAAGAGUUGGAAUGAGUGAUUUAAUA